GUCGAGGAUUGUGUGAACGGAAGGCUUCGGGCGCAGCGCCCGUCACUGAAUGUGACCGGACGCGGGAAGACGCCGGGACCAGCGGAUUCUUCGUGAUCGCCCGCGGAUUACGAGCACGAAGUCACGGACCUGCGGGGCGGUCUCGCGUCGGCCACCAGCGGUUGCGCGCGGGCUGCAAUGGACGGACAGCAGCAGCAGGAGUCUUCUGGCAUGCGUCCGGAAUGCACGGCCCACGGCGAAGGAGGCCGAAGCCGAGUGUGCCGACCGUGGUCCGCCGCGAGACGUCGCCGCGGCCGCUGCUUCCGCGUGGGGGCGCGACGUGCGGAUGGGAGCGGAGACAGCGACGAAGACGACGCCUUGAGGUCGUCGCCGCCGCCGCUGCCGCCGCGGUCCUCAGGCGACCGGGAGGACCAGUCCGAGUGGGCGUCGUACCCUCGCGAGGCCCUGUCCUCGCUCGAGUCCCUGUGGCGCGACCGCAAGCUGUGCGAUGUCGAGAUUGACGCGUCCGGCGAAGGCGUAGUCCAGGCGCACAGAGUGGUGCUGGCCGCCGCCAUUCCGUACUUCAGAGCCAUGUUCACGAGCAACCUCCGCGAGUCGCAGGCGCGCAGGGUCUCCAUCAAGGACGUCGGGCUGCGCGCCAUGGAGCUCAUCGUGCACUUCGCGUACACCGGCCACAUCGAGGUGGACGAGAAGAGCGUCUGCCAGCUGCUGCUCGCCGCAAACAUGCUGCAGGUGCAACGCAUAACAAACGCCUGCUGCAGAUUCCUCGAGCGCCAGCUGGACCCUUCAAACUGCAUCGGAAUCGCCGAGUUCUGCCAGCAGCACCACAUACGCGACCUGCAAGACCGCGCUGAGCGCUUCGCCGAGCAGCACUUUUCCAUGGUGUGCCGGCUGGACGAGUUCCUGUCCCUGCCGUGGUCCCGGCUCUUCGAGCUGCUGCGCAGGGACGGCCUCAACGUGCGCAGCGAGACCGAGGUGUACGAGGCGCUGGUGCGGUGGGUGCGCCACGACGAGCGCCGGCGCGCGGGCGACCUCGAGAGCGCCCUCAGGAAGGCCGUGCGCUGCCACCGGCUCGCGCCCAGCUUCCUGCGCCGCCAGCUGGCCCAGUGCGCCCUGCUGAGGGACCGGCCCGGCUGCGCGGACUACGUCGCGGACGUCGUCCGGGACCUGACGCUGUACCGUGGCUGCAGCUGCUGCGACGAGCGAUGCCCCAGCGUCCCGUCGCUGUUGUACGUGGCCGGUGGCUACCUGCGCCGCUCGCUGUGCACGGUGGACUACUUCAGCGCCGAGUCCGGCUUGUGGAGCGCGCUGCCGCCGCUGCCCCUGGAGAGGAGCGGUCCCGGCGGCGCCUUCCUCGCGGGCCUGCUCUACGUGGUCGGCGGUCGCGUGCUGCGGCCGCCGCCCGAGCUGGGAGAGGACGUGCCCGUGGUCCACUGCUUCGACCCGGCGCGCAACUGCUGGAGCGAGCGCUGCCCCAUGGGUGUGCCCCGGCACAGGCUCGGGCUUGCCGUGCUUGACGGACUCCUGUACGCCGUGGCCGGAUCGCACGGCACCAACUGCCUCAGCAGCGUCGAGAGGUACGACCCAUCGACGAACGCGUGGACGAGCGUGGCCGGCCUGUCCCUGGCGCGGUACGGCCUCGGCGCGGCCGUGGUCCGUCGGCGACUGUACGCCGUGGGCGGCUGCGACAGCGCCACCAAGUUCGGCCUCGUCGAGCGCUACUGCCCGGAGCGGGACCGGUGGGACGUCGUGGCUCCUCUCAAGGUGCCCCGCAGCGGAGCAGGAACCGUAGCAUUUGGCAAGCACAUCUAUGUCAUUGGUGGCUACGAUGGUCAAGGCCAAGUCAGCUCCGUCGAGCGUUAUGACACAGACCAUGACAUCUGGGAAAUGGUGGCACCCCUUAACACACGAAGGAGUGCUCUCAGUGCUGCUGUCUUGGAUGGCAAGAUCUAUGCCUUAGGUGGCUAUGAUGGCCAGGAGUACCUGUCGACUGUGGAAGUCUAUGACCCUGCGACGAACGUGUGGACGACGGGGCCACCCAUGCCUUCCUGCAAGAGCGGCCAGGCAUCGUGCUCUUCCCCGGCACCUUGCGUACUCCACAAAGUCUUAUGACUCCGAGGCAACCUACAUACUCCCCCUCACUGUAACUUGACAUAAUGUGAAUGCUACGCAGGCACAUGAGUAAACAAGACCAUGGCAUUGAACACUCGGGUUCAAAUCUUCUUCUUGUACACAUAGCUGGAAGUCCAUGAUUUCAAACAAAUUAACCACUCGCCUUUUCCGCGAACUUCUAAAAACCCCUGCAAGUUUUCAUGCUUGCCGCAACAUCCCAAUACACACAACAUACAUUGGUCGAGCUUUUUCCGAUAUUUUUGACAAAGCAGUCCCUCUGGAACAACCAAAAACAGAAAUCUCAUGUUGACUUCUAAUGGCAUUCCCCUUGAAUCAUGGUGAUGAUAACAGUCACCUAGCCUGCAUAGGCUAAUUAGGUCUUACUGUAUUCAAUGCAUUUUAGUAAUCUGCCUAAGCCUAUUAUGACCCCCUGUCCCCCAUAUGUUCCUUGCUUUUUUGUAGACAGGGUAGCAAACUUGGAGCAAACUUUGCCAACAUUAUGCUUUCCAAGAUCACGAAGCCUUAAUAACAUAUCUUGAAGACCAUCCCAAAACUACCAAAGCCUUGCACAACAAUGUGAGAAGGAACAGUGGCAUCAUUGCAUGUCAACAAGUACUAAACAACGAACAACGAAGAAGAGCAGAGAGCUGAGACAGUAUCGCAAAGGCAGCUAGGUAUUUGAUUGCUUAUGACUCCAGAUGCAUUUAAAACCUUUUCAUUUUUAAUAUUAUAUGUGAUUUGAUGUCUAUUUUAAUAUGACAGAAAUUCCACAUCUUUCAUGGGGGAUGUCACAGGGUCAAUCGAACAGAGAAUCAUUUGGCCAGUAUACAGCUUAAAAUGAAUGCGAAGCACACUCAAUCAAGGGUAUUGUGACAAUUACGGACAACUGUCAUGUUAACACAAGCUGAAUGCAGGUUUUGCCACCAUUCCUCUCUUCUCACAAUGCAAUUCAUAACAAAUUUAAACAAAAAAUUCAUUAGGAAGUAUAAUUAAAAAAGAAUAUUGACAGACAAAUGUCCGCAUACUCGGGCAUACAAAAAUGAAGUAUCGAUUGCCAACCUUGCAGCCAGAAGUCCUAGAAGCCUUCACUUGCUGUGAAAUUAGAGUGAGGUGGAGUACGUAGUGUCUUUUCCUCAACCAAAAAGGUCAGCAGUGGCUGUACAGAAGUUCCAAGUGCAAAAUUUAUUGUUGCUCCUAAAUAAAUGGCAUUAUAAGCGGGCA